CCGGAGCCCUGUAGAGCUGGCGGGCCUCCACCGCUUUCGGCCCUUCUCCGGGGGUCUGGGUGCCUACUGGAGGGCCUGGUGUAGAGGCAGAGAGGACAGAAGCAUGGCAUCUAGGGCCUCCGAGCCGCCCCAGGGGCGCAGCGUGACAGCGGGCAUCAUCAUUGUCGGAGAUGAGAUCCUCAAGGGCCACACUCAGGACACAAACACCUACUUCCUGUGCCGGACAUUACGUUCCCUGGGAGUCCAGGUCUGCCGGGUUUCUGUCGUGCCAGAUGAGGUGGCCACCAUCGCGGCCGAGAUCGCCGCCUUCUCCAGCCGCUUCACCCACGUCCUCACUGCAGGCGGCAUCGGCCCCACGCACGACGACGUGACUUUUGAGGCAGUAGCACAAGCCUUUGGAGAUCAGCUACAACCACAUCCCGAGCUGGAAGCGGCCAUCAAAGCCUUUGGCAGCAAGGGCUGGGAGAAGCUGACAUUGGUGCCUUCCUCUGCCCGCCUGCAUUACGGCACGGACCCCCGCACGGGCCGCCCCUUCAGGUUCCCGCUGGUCUCUGUCCGAAAUGUCUACCUCUUCCCAGGCAUCCCGGAGCUGCUGAAGCAGGUGCUGGAAGGGCUGAAGGAACUAUUCCAAAACACAGCGGUCCGAUUCCAUUCGAGGGAACUGUACGUGGCCGUGGGCGAGGCCUCCAUCGCCCCUGUCCUGGCCCAGGCCCAGGCCCACUUUGGGCGUAGCCUCAGCCUGGGUUCCUACCCGGACUGGGGUAGCAACUACUAUCAGGUGAAACUGACUCUGGAUUCGGAGGAAGAGCAGCCCUUGGAGGAAUGUCUGGCCUAUCUGGCCACCCGUUUGCCCCCGGGAUCGCUGGUCCCCUACCAGCCCAAUGCUGUGGAGCAGGCCAGCGAAGCUGUGUACAAGCUCGCUGCAUCAGGGUCUUCUCUAGGAAAAAAGGUUGCCGGCGCCUUGCAGAUCAUUGAGAGUGCCCUGGCCCGCUACCGCCUGCCUCAGCUCUGCGUGGGCUUCAAUGGUGGCAAGGACUGUACCGCCCUCCUACACCUGUUCCAUGCAGUUGUGCAGAGGAAAUUCCCUGACGUUCCAAAACCCCUCCAGAUCCUGUAUAUCCGCAGUGUCUCCCCUUUCCCUGAGCUGGAGCAGUUCCUGCAGCACACCAUCAAGAGGUAUCAUCUGCAGGUGUUGGAGGCCGAGGGCGACAUGAAGCAGGCCCUGGGGGAGCUGCGGGCACAGUACCCCCAGCUGGAGGCCGUGUUGAUGGGCACCCGCCGGACGGACCCCUACUCCCGUAGCCUCUGCCCCUUCAGCCCCACAGACCCAGGCUGGCCCUCGUUCAUGCGCAUCAAUCCACUGCUGGACUGGACCUACAGAAACAUCUGGGACUUUCUGCGUCAGCUCUUCAUCCCGUACUGCAUCCUGUAUGACCAAGGGUACACGUCGCUGGGGAGCCGUGAGAACACUGUGAGGAACCCAGCCCUCAAGUGCCUGAGCCCAGGAGGACAGCCCAGCUACCGCCCAGCCUACCUACUGGAGAACGAAGAGGAGGAACGCAAUUCCCGGAUGUGACCUCCGGACACAGCCCCUCGCCCACACCCUGCCCUUCACCCUCAGAGGGCUCCUGCAAGAUGCCGGCUUCCAGGUGCCCAUCAUCAAGACGGGCACAGGGUGGCAGAGCCUGCAGCAG